UCUGCGUUGUUGUGACAUUUUGAUUUUCGCUCUUCUGUUGUGAAAAGGAAUGAAUACUAUGUUGUUUAACCUUGAAUUAUUUCAAAUAAGUGAUGAUUAAAUGUUGUUCGUUUGUAGUAUUCCACAUGAAAUAUUUCAUAUAUGCAUAGUAUGUGAAGAAAUACACAAUGGGUUGAAGUAGUGAUUGGCUGCGGCAUUAAGUACUCCUUCACUGUAAAAUACUAUUACAAGACUAUUAAAACUAAGCACGUUGUUAACAAUGGAGUUGGACGUAUCACCAAUGGAACCUGUUACUAAUGAGGUUGAAUAUUCAGAUAACUCGUCUGAGAGUAAAUACUUGGCAUGCAACAACAACGAACAGUAUACGGUAAUUCGCAUUCCUCAAGACGGUGAAAAAUCUAGUAAACACUCCUCACGAAAACAAUCAAAGCGUAGAAAAAAGAGCUCAAAUCAUUCUAGACCUUUGCCAAGAAUAAUAGUCAAACCAUUACCACCUCCUCCACCACCAGAAAAUCGAGAAUGGACCGCAGCAACGUCUUGUGCAGACACAAGUUCCUCUUCUAGUAGUAGACCUUCGACUAUGCGGGAAGUUUUAGCUAGUAUUCCAGGAUUUUGUAUAAAACCAAGAAAGCGCAGCAGCAAAAAGCUAUCAACAGCAGCCCAACUACAACAGACAAGAGAAGGCUGCAUAGACUUAGAAACUCCAGAUUCCAUAUUAGUUAACACAAAUAUAAGAGCUCUUUUAAAUAAACAUACAUUUUCGUUACUUCCUCCUUUGUAUCAGUAUAAGUUGGGACAAUUACUACCUAAUGUAGAUAGACCAAGCACUUCAGGCCGCUUAAGUUCAUCUAGUCUUAAUAAUGAAUUUUUUGCUCGUGCAUGCUUGGAGUGGCAAGAAUCUCUUUCUGGAGGUGAAUUUACACCAGAAAAUCAACAAAAGAUGAAGAGUGAAGCAGAAAAAGAAAAGAGUAAGAUUGACCCAUGGAAGUUAAAACAUUUUGAGCCAUUUUGGGGAGAAAAAUCACAAAGAGAGAAAUCAUCAAUGAAUUUAAAUUCAGAGAGACCUUCAUUGAAAACAACUAUAAAACUUAGACCAACUGCUUCAAUAACUAGCAGCAGUACUGUUCCAAAGAUUAAAAAAAGCAAAUCCUCAAGUUCUAGUAAAAGAUUGCGUUCAGUUGGUGCAGUAACCAGGUCCUCAGCCAAAGAGGCUGAAGAAGCUGAAGAUGAGUCUAUUUUAGUAAGCAAUAAAUCAUCUGCACCUGUACCAGGUUUGCUGCCACUUAAACAUGUUAAGAGUCAAGGGUAUGUGGAAUGUCAGAUGGACUUUAGUUUCUCCGAUUCAUCUUCCAUAACUAGGAUAGAAGAAUCAGUAUCAACAACACCAGUUGAUCCCCUGCUAUUAGCAGAUAAUGACUCUGGAAAUGAAAUUAAACAAGAUUUGGACAUGUGUGUUGUUAAAAUUGAAGAAUCCAGUGCAUCUAAAGAUUGUGAUGAAGACAAAACAACAGACUUUGUAAACAACAUGCCAGAGGCAACCAAAAGAUUGAGUAAUGACAUAAAUGAUUAUCAAUUUUCAAAAAGAAUUAGAUAUGAGGAUGAUUACGCUGUUGAUAAUACAAGCUAUAUGACUAUGAAGACUGAAGAUCCAGAGAGUAACAAUGGGUCUGAUGUUGAAACUAACUAUAAUAAUGAACAAAUGUGUCAGAAUGAGGACCUUAAUCUUUAUUCUGGUCAGGAUCAAGGUGACACCAAUAGUGAGGACAGUAAGGCCACUGCUUCUGUUUAUGAGUAUGAUGAACAUAGUGUAUCAUCUAUUUCUAGCCUGAAGAUAGAAAACCAUUUAAAUAAUGUGUCUCUUGUAAAUGAAUCUUCUGACAAUAUUCCAAAUGAAUAUGAAAAUACUGAAACAGAAUCCCACGAAAUUACACCUAUUGAUAAAGAAAAUGUUAAGGAAUCUCCAACUCAUGACAGCCAGGAUGAGUAUGUACCUGGGUUCCGGGAAACCGUGAUAGAUGCCUACAGUACAGAUUCACUACAGAAUAACAAAUCACCAACACUUGUUUCUAAAGAUGUGUCAUAUGAAAAAAUGGAAGUAAUUGAGGAUUUAGAUUAUUCAGCAGAGCAACCAAUUGAACACUCUACAAGUAAAAGCGAUGACAACAAUACUGACAAAAAUGACCACAAAGUCAAAGAAACAGACGGUAUUGUACCUAAUUAUUAUGAUGAACAUUUCAAAGAUGCUGAAUCAUUUAUACUAGAAACUAGUGGAUUACCAAUAUUAACAUCUCAAAACGAAGAUGUCAAGUAUGCACCCCAAACCAAUCUGAUGGAACUUACAUCAUAUAUGAGUGAAACAAAUGUAACAGCAGUUGUAACAAUGCCAAUGCCACAAAAUCCUUCAAUUCCAAUGAUGGAAGUUACAAAUACAUCAGUGGUUUCAUACCCAGACGAUCACUUACAAGAUCCAGCCAAACCUAAAAACUCUGCAGUGUCAUGGAAAAGUGAGAGUGAUUGGGUGCAAAAUGAAAAUGUUAUCAGUAUACAAAAUUUUGCAAACAUAAAUAUGGAUAAUACAAAGUAUGUGAGUGAAGACUCUAAAACUAGCAUGGAAGAUGUUAAUGUUAAUGAUGAAAAUUGCAUGUACAAGACAGAUCGUGAUACAAAUUAUAAUAUGGAAUCAUCAAAUUCAUCUGAGAGUUGCCACUCAAUGAAAGAUGUUUUAGUUAAACAGGAGUGUGAACCAACAGCUAGUAUGGUUUCCAGCACUUCAGUUACAAAUCAAUCAAUUAACUCAACUACGGUAACACAAAGUGUUAGGAUCCCUGGCAAAAAAUCUAAGUCGGGAAAGGAAUCAAACAGGAGUCGCAGCUCUAACAAAGUACCCCCUGGUGCUGUGAACCUGGAGCGUAGUUAUCAGAUCUGUCAAGCCGUAAUUCAAAACAGUCCAAAUCGUGACGCGUUACGCGGCCAGCUGCGGCCACCGCCUGCACUGCUCACACGACCCACGCGACCACCGCGGCCUCCGCCACCAGUGUUGGUCAGACAGAUACCCGCAUCUAUCAUACCUCAUACUGAGAUGAAUGAGAAUCGGUCAAAUAACAUGGGGCAAUACAUCCUUGUUCAGAGAACACCAAAUGUUGCUCCUAGAGCAUCAAGUGCUCCACCUUCAAAUCAGAAUUCUAAUGUAAAUGUUACUCGUUGUCGAAGUGUGGGCGCAGAUGACGCAUGUGUUUGUAACCUGCGUGCUAUGAUUCUGUGCAAGAAAUGCGGUGCCUUUUGCCACGACGACUGCAUCGGAUCCGCUGAGCUCUGUCUCACUUGUCUCAUACGCUGACACUAUACAGGCUCAUAUCCUCUCAAUCUUGCCAUACCAAAUACAACUUUAUAUUCCAAGCAUACACAUGAAAGGAUCCAAGCAGUGACCUAGUGACUUAUCUGACUGAUCAAAUUAACACAUAUGUGACAGUGUAAACAGUGGAAUGUGGUUGUAGAAAUGGUGGUGCUAUCUGUUAGAAGUGUGAAGUUUCAUUUUUUUUUAUUCAAUCAAAACUUUGACUGUGAAUUUUCAAAUCAUUAACACUAUCGUCUCUAAGACUCUUAAUAUUAAAUUGUAAUGUUGUAUAUAUAAUUAUGUCGGGCUUGGAAUGUGCUCCAUUUGGUCAAAAGUAUUAAAAUCAUAAGUAAUUAUAGAAAAUAUAUUUAUACAGGAUACAUUUAUAACUUUAGAAAUUAUUUGUACCUCCAUUUUAGCAAUAUCAUAACUUGUUAAAAUAACAUAUAUCACAAUUUAUUAAAGUAAAGAGUUAAUGUUAUGUAAUGAACUCUAUAUAAAUGCAAGCACAAGUUUAUUCUGUACUAAAUAUUAAAUUUGAUAUAUAAUAGUAUAUGUUCUUAUCUUUUAACUUAUAUACAAUUAUAUACAGCGCUAAAGCUGAAGUGAGGAUUCCAAGGCUGAAAUCUAUAAAAUUAUUAUAAUACUUUGCUGUGUCAUUUUCUUCCAAAGUAUUGUUGUAAAGAAGUGAAUAAUUUAAAUUGGAAGAUAUCUUAAGCAUUGUAAAUCAUUAUACAUACUUCAAGUGUCAUUAUAAAAUCACUGGGAUACUUUUUUUUUAUAGUUUUAACUUCAUUGGUUAUCUGUCAUCUUUAAAAACGAUAAUAGUUUUAUUAAAAAAAUCUCAUACGAGGUAAUAACUGCUCAAUAUCCUCACUUGGUCAAGCAAAGCAAGAAAAUAUAUAAAUUAGUAAAUACUAUUAUUUUAUUUGGUGUGUACACUUAAGGUUAAAACAUGUAACAGUCUGCUUGAAGUUACAUUUUCAAACUAUACUCGCAGCUAAUAACUUAAUUACAGUAAAGAACAUGGUUUUAUUGUCAGAAAAGUUAACUAAAUCCUUCAAGACAGAUUCCAUUGAAUUUAUUUGAAUAGUUAUUAACUAAAUAUACUCUCUUUAAAUUUCUCUUCUUGCAUAUUCAGCAUAAAAUAUAAGUUUUACAAAUUUGCCUUAAAAUAAACAAGGAAAAUUAAUAUUGUAACCUUAAUGUGAGUUGAGUUGAGAACUUAAGAGUAAAAAUAUCAGUGAUGGACUUAUUUCAUUGUUGUGAUAAAGUUCUGUACAAAACAUAUGUUUUAAUUACUAUUUAUAACUAUCAUACUUAACAUAUAAAUUCUUAUUACAAAUGCAUUUAAAAGUCUGUUAUAAGAACUGUAUAAUUAUUUCAAUUGAUUAUGAGUUCUAAAAUUCUAAACUCAAUUUUCAAACAGAUUGAUUAAACUUAUCAAAAUAAUUUCAUUCAUAAUAAUUCAAAGUAUAAAACAAGACUAUUUUUACAAAUGCCUUAUUAAUAGUUGCAUAAAAAGUAAUUAUAAUUACCUAGUUUAACUGAAUACAAAUAUAAUAAACCACUUAUAUAUGUUUGAUUUUAUGAUUUUCUGAAAAUGUAAUUGUUUCUCUAUUAAUUUUGUCUUUGCCAAUAUUACAAUUAUUUAAGGCAUGCCAUCACAAUAUUUUGUUGUUAUAUUAUAAGCCAUAUUUUGCUUUUCUAAGUGUACUUUUUGGUUAGUUUGGUUUUAGUACUACAUGUUAAAAAUAAUUAGUAAUUAGUAUUGCUUUAGCUUUAGUUUAUUGUUAAGAUUAUGUACAGAUAUUUAUUUCCUUGAGAAUACUUGGUGAUUAAUACUUGGUGACAUCAGGUGUUAUAAUUAAAAAAAAAUACUAAUGAAGAUAUGAAAACAAAAUGGACAGCUAUGUCACUAAAUUUUUAAAACAAUUCAUGAUUUUUGUAUGAAUGAUAACAUUUUGAUUCAUUUAAAUAUCUAUUAAAUGUGUCAUAAAAAUGACUGUAUAAAUUAUUUAAUGGAUACACAUAAAAUAUUUAAUUAUAUUUUGGUACCCGUUUUUUUCAUUCAAUUAGCAGUUAUGAACUCUUUGGUCUUCAAUUUAUUAAUUACAUACAUACAUUGAAAUCAAUAUAAAAUCAAUGUAAAAGUAUAUAUUACAUUUUAUAGCAUUAUUUACUAUAUCAUUGAUUUGAAGUCUUGCUUAUAUUUUAUUUAAUCAAUUAUUUUGGACAUCUUUGUUUUCUUCAGAAUUUGUUUAAUAUGCAUGAGAUCGAUUAAUGCAUCAUAUUAAAUUUAAACACAGCUUGUGUUAGAAGUAUAAUAAAUUAGAAAAUUGAUAUUUUUCAAUUUAAAAGUAAAUAUUAAAUUGUGUAAUAGCCCUCUACUGUGAAUAACACAGGAGGUAACUAUGUCACCAAAGUAAUAUUAAACUUAUUGAUUAAUUGUAUUCUUAAAAUCAAGUUACGUAAUUUAUUUUCUUGUUAAUUUUACAAACUGUAGUACUUUGUUGUGUACAAAAUCAUGUACAAUUAUUUAUAAAUUAUUUUGUGAUUAUUUUCUAUCACUGUAUGUUUAUUCACUUGUGAUGUCUUACUUUGCAAAUUAAGUAACAACAACUUAGUUAUUUGUCGCCUCAUAAAAUAUAAAAUAAACAAUUUUUGUUUUUGUCAAUACUAAAUUGUGACACAAUAACUUUAUUAUAAGAAAAUAUUGCUCACUCUCAAUCACAAUAUUUAGAUAAUAUGUAAUAAUAUCUAGGUACUUAUACUUAGAUGACAUUAUUAAGGACUGUUAUUAUUUUAAGUAUUUAAAGUAUGUUAAUACAUAAUAAAUAACAUUGGAAGUCAAUCUAAAAGGCAACUGGAAAUAAAUAAUUUAGCAAUAUUAAAUAAAACAGUGAAGAAUCACAAUUGUUAUAAAAAUAUCGAUUUUUUUUCUAAUAUUUGUUAAGUAUGGCUUGCUGAACUUCUAAAAUAAUUACAAGCAUAAAUAUUAAAUAGAAGCGGCUUAUAAAAAGUAUAGUAAUUACAGACAGGAUUUAUUUUAUGAGCCGAGUUUAUAUAAAUUAAAAAUUAUUGCGAAUUUGUAAACAUUAAUUUGCACUUGAUUUUUUUUGCUGACGAAUAAUCUUGUUAAGCUUUAGAAUUAGGUUAAUUUUGUUAUGAAGUUUUAAUCUUCGGCUUCUCUGUCCUGUUAAUUUAUUCCGUUGUCAUUUUUAUAUAUUGACAAAUUGUAUUUUUUUUUAAAUAAUGUCGAUGGUAAUGGAAAAUAAGAGUGGUUUGAUCUUUUUUAAUCUUUAAAUUCAUAAAAUUCUGUUCUGUACCUCCUAUUUGGCAAACAAAAGAGAGCGUUAGAAGGAAGAUAAAGGUAUAAUACAAAAGAAAUAUAAAUGUAAGAACACUUAAUUAUAUCUGAUACAAAUCAGGUUUGGUUUAUUUUUAAGGCAUUUGCAAUUCGUUAAAUAGUGUUCAAUUCUAUGUUACUGCAGUAAAAUAGUUUUGUUUCAAAUUUAACCUUAUCAGUAACCCGUAACGGGUCAUUUUUUAUCAACAUAAUAAUGUAUCUUUAGAAUUUGAAGAUUGCUUGUAAACACUAACGAUCCAGCCAGUUGCCCAGCAGACUUGUUUUUAUUUGGUGACUGAUGCUAAGAAGGUUUUAUGUACGAUUGAUUACAAAUUAAAUAAUUUUCACAUUAUUGUUAUUUAUUGGUAGAUAGUUAUUUAAGUAUAUGAACAUUUUCUCUAAUAAAACUAUGUUCU